AGAAGCUAUGUAACAUGAGCCAACAGGUUUGCCAGUGGGAUGGAUGUGGGAUUUUACUAGAUGACACCAUCGCUACUGGUUGCACCCGUCACCUCAAACAAUUUCAUUUGCAACCCCUCGGCCCCGCCAUGACUGGAAGAUGCCAGUGGAUUGUCCGUCGCCCGGACCCUCCACCUGGCGUCCCUCUUCAGCUGCACCACACCGUUUGCAACAGGAAGAUAAAGUACGCCAAUUUUGGGAAGCACGUUGCUUUCGUGCACGUCCGCUCCACUUCGCCCAUUUGCCUGGUUUGCGGCACGUGUUUCUCCAGACCUGAUGCACUGAGGAGGCACGAACAUGCAGGCAUUUGUCCUGGGCCGAUAUAGGCUGACUUUGGGAUUCUGCCAUUUUGCUCUACGUCCGAAUCUCAGCAUACUGCAUCGGUUCUUCGUUGGACCUAACAGAGAAACGUAGUCACAAAUGGGUCCAUGCCUUCUGUGGGCGCGGGCCAGAGUUGCUCAUGAAUUCAUUGUCAAUUAUAAGUGGGCAGUACGGCAUAACCUCAGCCGUCUUCCCCUCAUGCAUCGAUUACCCGACUGGUCUGAAUCGUCUACGGCCGUUCUGGUCUCCAUGUCGAAGUUUUACAUUUCUGGGACGGUGAAGGUUUGAUAUCAUUGCUUGAUUCCGUAUUGUCAGGCUCGCUGUUAAGUCUACUAUGUCAUCAAUAGGUGAAUUUUAUAACUCUUAUCGAAGGCUC